AAACACUGACCAUCCAGAGAAUCUCAUGUGACAGUUCGAUAUCUCGUGUUUUAUUCGUGGAUUUGAUAAUAAAACAAUAAUUUAAAAUCCUCUUAUAUGAGUGUAUUGACAAUGGUUAUUAACGAACUAACUUAAAGUUUAGAAGAGCUAAGUUGUUGACGGGCAGUGUGACAGUAAAACGUUCUUUUUGUGAUGGAUAGUGCUAGCGGUAACGUCGGUGAAAUGGGUCGGAGAACCGGAGAACUUUUAAGGCGUAUCAACCGCUUUACAGAUGGGCCCAUGACAAGGAAGAAGCUGAUAAUACUCUUCCUGGUGGUCAUUUUCCUGCUCCUCUACGUUGGUCCAACUUUGAUGAGCUGGUUCUUUAACAGUGACGAUUCGGCGUCAGGUCAGAGUUUUUGCCAGCAGCAAUUUUUAAAUCCUUUCCAAGACGCUAUCAGCGAUUACGACGCCUAUAUGAGACCUGAGAGCGAAGCAACAUUGUCCAGUGUACGACACAACUAUGUGCCUUAUGUCGGUAAUGGCCUAUUAGGCCUAGCUUUAGACCAUGAUAGUUAUAUAAAUAUCAAACAUGGGCGGACACUAUCGCUCCCCGUGAAAUAUCAUCCUCUAUACAUCAUAGAGGAUCCAGACAUGAAGGAAUUUACUGUUGCAGAGUAUAAAAAAGGUAUCAUAAACAGAUUUCAAUGUAGUAAUAGCGGCUUACAGGUUACUUAUCAGUAUUAUGCACACAGAACGAUACCAUCACUGUUUGUGCAAGAAAUUUGGGUCAACAAUCCAUCAAAUAAACCUAGAAAUGUAAAAAUUUCAACACCCAGGGUGUCAGACUGGCCCACAGCUGUCAAACAAACUGUAAAACUUCACCAAGGUGUGGACACAAAAGAGUAUGAGGUAGUCACUGGAAUGCUUGAAAUACCAGACAGCGAUAAAGUUAUAGCUGUUGCUAUUGUGUGCAGAAAACUUGGAAAUACAUUACAAAUUGAUGCACGAGACGGUUUGGAUUUACUUAUUUUAACUACCGUCCAAUAUAGUCAGCCUAUAAAAAAGUCUGAAUAUGCGAAACAUAAGGAUAUAGUUGAAACUAAAGCUAUUUCAGAAAUGGAGAAGGUCAUUUCUUUAACUGGAGAUAGAGCUGCUGCUAAGAAACUAAAAGAAAACCAUGCCAGAGUCUGGCAGGGGCUGUGGUAUACAGGUUUCUACAUUUCAGAUUCAAAAGUCCAAGGCAUAAUAAAUGGAGACCGCAUUAAUGCUACUAUUUACUCCAUUCUGUCCCAAGUGCAGAGUUAUGAACAUGAGGAACAUAUUAAGCCAAAGGAAAAAGCAGAAAUUUUGCGUACACUUACUUAUUCAGAGGGCUGCUAUGGAGGACAUUCAACUUUAGAUGCAUUUAAUUUAUGGAAACCUUUAAAUAACCUAGAAAACUUGAAUAAUGUUGCUAGUGUUUGGCUGUUGACGUUAGAAAAACAUGGCUGCCACAAACUCCUCAAAGCUGGGGCUAGUGGAGUCAACCAAGCAAUGAUACUAAGCUUUGGUAGCUUACGAUUCAGUAACCAACAUCUUGAAUACAAUAUCCAUCCGUCUAAGCUACACCGAGACUUUUUAUUCCGCAGAGUCAACUACGGAAACAUGACACAUGUUAACAUAAGUGUAAUAGUACAGGAAGACAACAAAGCAGCAAUAUUUGUAGCCUUAGAUCGCUCUGACAGGACAUAUUAUGCCUGUGAUGCUGGCUGUCUCGACUCUCCAGUGCAACUUGGUCCGUACAGAAAAUACUUCCCAGUGAAAUUAACUGAUCCGUUAACAGCUAUAUUGUAUAUAACAGCAGACCAGCAGCAUAUGGAAGAACUAAGGCAUGCCAUACAUGUUGUUGAAGUAGCGGAAGCCCCAGCACAUGAAAAUCAUGUAAUCGCCAUGCACAAACAUGGUCACAGUUUGGGCGGAUUAAAUCCUCUAUUCUGGAUAUCUAUUAUAGCUCUAAUCGUCGUCUUCCACUUGUUCUUAUGCCGGAUAAUCAUGAAUGAGUUCUGCGGCAGUGGCGUAGCUUACAAACGCCUGUAUAAUAAGCCUUGAAGUUGCCUUAUAAAGUGCUUAGCUUGACUGAUUGAUCCUAGAUAUAGGAGAAACUGCACACAGACACAAAACAAAUGACUAUCUGAUCUUUAUGAGUUUCUGGAAAAUGUGCAGUGGUUUAAAUAAUUUAUAGUAACCAAGUGUGACAUCACAACACAAGUACGCGUUCGAACCUUUCCAAUAUCGCAUGCGAUUUCUGAUACAUUGCGGCUUUUAAUUGAUCCACGGAUUUCAUUGUGUUUUAGUGGUUUAAGUAGCUGGCAAUGUAUUUCACAUCGCAUGCAAUUAUCAAUGUGAUUUGUGGUUUGUAGAGAUCCUAAGAAUUCUAAUUAUAAAAAAAAUUGUUGAAUGUUAUGAAUAAAAUCUUUUCUGUCGCUUUUUGCGUCACAAUAUUCUAUUGCUUGAAAAUAUCAAGGUAUUUUAUUGUAUUACACUGUAAUAGAGUCUGUUCGGAAAGAUUCGUGGAAUGUAUUGGGCUCCAUACAUUCCACGACUUUUCUCUUUCCGCACAGACUCUAUACCUACUGCCACACUAAGCAUAAGUGCAAUAACUCAUUUUGAAAUAUCAUUUGUUUACCUUGUUCUCGCACUGUAUAUACACCGUGGGCCAAUUAAACCCGACAGAUUUUAACCACGCAUUCCUCAGGUCAUAAGGAGCAAAAAAUGUUAUAUGAGUUUUGGCCAAAUUAAAAAUAAAAAUAUCCUUUUGCGUUUUCUGCACACGUCAUGUUAUUUAUUGUUACACCUUGGUGAAAAAAAAUCAUUACAACGAAUAAGUAAAGUUUUUUUUUAUUUACAGACGAAAAUUGCGAGUUUACUUUAAAACUAUCUGUCAGUAGGUAUGUCUAAACCAAGUCACAUAGUGGCAGCGUCACAGCUAAAAAGGCGUUUUUGACUAAGUUAUAAAAGAAACAAAUUUUCACAGAAAUUGUCGUUAUCUCUAAAACAAGACCGAUUUCAGAAAACAUUGUAUGACAUUUUAGUCUCUAAACGCGGUCAAGAAUACACCUUUGAAAUCUGUCGGGCCCACGGUGUAUAGUAAUUUAUGUGACUGCUACAUAAUAAAAAUCAUUAAAACACGAGUGUGGGUUUAGGAAAAGAGCUGAAAGCGAGUUUAUCUUUAUACUGGCGGAAAUUUGCGGUAUUUUAACGCAUCAUAGAGGAUUUAUGAUAUGUGUGUAGAUAAAAUAUGUUAUACAAUUGAAAGACGAGAGAUUUCAAAAUUAGUAAUUGUACUUACGCCUUAGUGCGGCAGUAUAAUUUGUCAUAUUGUAAAACGAUGUAAAAUGUAAAAGCAUGUUUACAAUUAAAAAAAAGUCCUAUACUUGGGCUGGCACUCAAAACAUAUUGUUAUAGAUAUACAUACUUAUGAUUGACUAGGUGCCUGUUGAUGUACAAUCCCCCUCAGAUCUCACAAAGCGGUUAAGGUGGUCAAAAAUAUCUAAUAUACACUAAUAGAUAGAUGUGUGAGUGCCUUGGCUGCUCCGUUAUCCCUGAUUACAAGCGAAAUCUGUAAUCAUUUUAUGCAUUUGAUUGGUUGGUACAACACAAACACAAAAAAUAUCACAAACACUUUCAGCGCAGCAGCUGCUCUCGUAGUCGAUAAAACGGGAAAAAAUUUAUGUAGCGAAAAGAGCCUACUAACAGAGAACUGACCUAGCCCUGCCAGUGAUUAUGAAAAACAUUAAAAAUAAUCUAUGUGUACCCCGUAAUAUCUGUACACUCUAUUGCUUGUUCAGAUAUCUUUUUAGCACCGGGGCCGUUUCGAUAUAUCUGAUGGCGACUGUACCUUUUUCUUACAUUGCCAUGGUUACAAUACAAUCUCCUGGGUCAUUAUUUAACCUUGUGAACGCCAGACGGCGAAGGAACAUGCCGUGCCCCGGAGGCAGGCGAUCACGAUUAUUUAAGCCAAAUUGAACUUUACGGAGUCCCGCGUUAGUCCCUAUUGCAUUGGCGAAACUGUCCGCUGUAGCCGUCGUUGGCGUCCUUGGCAAGUCUUUCAGAUGUCGGCCAUAGCCGACGGUGGCGGUCAAAAGGUUGAAACCCCUGGUUUUAGGGUAUUCAAAGAAAAUUUGUAUGAGGGCUGUUAUGGAGAUCUUUUAAGAACUAAAGAACUUAUUUAAAAAAGUUGAUGUUACACUCCUAAAUGUUUAAAAUAUGUAAUUUUAAACAAGUUGCCUUGCAUAGUCAGCCCUUGUAUUAUUCGAAUAGUUCAUAUAUAAUUAAGUGUCAAUAAUUUAUUAAUAUUGAAGAAUGCUUAUUUAGUUGAUUGUAUUAUGUUAUUGCUUGAUCUCUUAUCAUGCUAUUUGAAUAUAAAUGUUAUCAGCACGAAAUAUAUUGGACUUUAUGACCGCAACACACUUAGCUAUAUUUGCGGAUUUUGGGUCAUCCACAUAUUACGUCCUAGCAUCAGGAGAGGGAUCAUGACAAACGUGACAGUACAUGUUAGAAAUAGGAAAAAGCGUGAAAAUGGAGGAUGGGGGUGAGGUCCAAAGUCUCGAAAUUUUGUGUGACGUAAUUAAUGGAUGACGCCUUUCGGCAAAUAGAGCCAAGUGCGUCGGACUAACGAGAAUUUGAAAUAGAGGUGGAUUGUCGAAGAAAAUUUUAUAGCCACACUAAACUUACUGCCAUCUUUCGAGACAUGAUUAAAACUUUUAGAACGCCAUUUGAUUUUGACCCUUAUUCUUUUGCUGAUAUGUGUUAAUUUGUUAAAUAUCAAAGUGGCGUAAAAGUUUUAAUCGUGUUUCGAAAGAUUGCAGUAAAUUUCGUCGUUACUAGUCACGCCCAUUUGUUUAUGACAUAAAGCGUUCAAAGGGUUAAAAAAUUAGGUAAAGGGUUCAAUACUGAGAUUCGAUUCUGUUAAACAUUAACAUUUAAAACAAUUCCCUAAUGUUAUAUGACCGAGUGUUCAAAAUUAAACAGAUCUGUUUUCUAAAGUUUAAGAAGAAAACUGUUAUGCACGAUUAACCAACACUUAAUUUAUAGUUACGAUGUAUUUCGUGCUGACUGUACUUAGGGACUGUCGCAAUACUUUUUCGAUAGUGAAGCUGUAAACGAGAUUAUGAAUAGAAAUGUUUUUGUUAUA